AUGGAAAAUAACUUAGAAUCCCUACAAAAUGAAGUGGAUUUUUACAGGCAAAAUCAGGCAAUAGUAGAACAAGAUAUACAUAAGCUGAUAGAAGACAAUCAGAGAUUAUCACAGCAAGUUGAACAUUUGAUGCGAGAAAAGCAACAUACUGAGAGAGCACAACUGAACAAUAAUGCCGAUAAAGAAAUAGAAGAGUUAAGAAAACAAAUCUUACUUAUUACCAAGGAAAGAGACUCCUUGCACGUGCUCUGGCAAACUUCACAGAAAACCAUCGACGCUUUAGAGACCGAAUUGAAAGCAUAUCAAAGUUAUACUGGAAAGCAGGAUACAAAUGAAGGCGUGCGAGAAGUACAACUUAAAUUCGACACUGCUCUACAAGAUUAUCUGGAAUUGGAAACAAAGUACAAAGAUUUGAGUGCAAAGUUAAGCUCUUUAGAGACAGAACUUAAAUACAAAGACAAAGAAAUCGUCACUUACAAAGAAAGAGGUAAAGAAAUCGAAGACAAACUUAAGGAAAUCACAGCAGAAUUAGAUGAAUAUAAAAUGAAUUUGGCGGCAGAAAAAAAAAAUAAUGAAGAAAUCAGAGCUCAACUGCUGUCGUGUCAGAAAGAGUGUGUGGACGAAAUAAAGAGGGAAUUAGAAGCUAAAUCAAAGGUGGCGGAAGCACUACAGCUUUUCGAUCUAGUAUCGACACAAAAGCACGAGGCACAUAAGAAAAUUUCAGAAUUAUCAGGAGAACUUCAAGAAAUAAAACAUAGGCUCGCAAAUACACGAAAGGAUAUAGAAACAAAAUGUAGGAUAGAAUUAGAAGAAGUUAGAUCAAAAUACAAUGAAAAAGUGACAGACAUGCUUGUGCACAUAAAAAACUUAGACGCUGAAUUAGUAGAGAAAGGGAUGUUACUCAACAAAGCUUUAAGGGAAAACAAAAUUCUACUGACAACCAAUGAGGAAAAUUUGAAAAAGCAAACAGAGAACUUGCAAGCUGUGCCUCCGAAACUCGCUCUUGCUGAACAAAGAAUAGAAGCUAUGUUUCAGGAACUGGUAACAUCUGAAAGACGAAACAUUCAGCUUUUGUGCGAGAAGCAAUGUUUAGCUAUCGACAUACAACGCAUUCAAGAUGUGCAUUUGAGAGAAAUCAAACGUCGAAAUUGGGAAGAGGAUCUACUAAAGAUUCAAUGUGAAGAACUAAAACUACAAGUUGAACAUCUUCAAAAAUCAUUGGAUGAAACACACAAUAUGAUUAGUAAAUUGCAAAUCAUGCUGGCAUCAAGAACGGAACUAAGUCAAAAAAUGGUGAACACAAAAGAGCAGGAAUUAGUAGAAAUAAACAAACAUUUAGAAAAUCAAAUGGUACUAAAUAAAAAAUGGAAGGAAUCUUAUGUAGAGAUGACAGAGAAAUUAAAAAAGAGAUUGUUAGAUCUACAGGCCGAAAACAAGGAUUUGAAAAUUAAAUUAAAACUACCUGAUUUUGGUUCCACUGAAACGGAGGACAACAGCACUAGUUAA